UUCAAUCUCCCCUCAUAUCAUCGGGGCUCUCCCCGACAAGGGCACUGCUAAAGAAUUUCUUAAAGCAGUUGAAGAACAAUUCAAAAGUUCGGAAAAAGUAUAUUCUCGAGAGCUUCUUGGCAAGCUUUGAGAAGUAUGUGAUUGAAGUAAAUGUAAGAGGUCAUAUCUUGAGGACGGUGAAUGCAACUUCGAAGCUUAAGGCUUUGGAGUUUGUCCUUAAUGAAAAUAUCCUAAUCCUUUUGAUAUUAGAGUCUCUCCCUCCAGAAUUUGAUCAGUUCAAGAUCAACUACAAUUUCCUGAAAGAAAAAUGGUCGCUCGCGGAGAUGACUCCUCGAGUUGUUGAGGAAGAACAGAGGAUCAUGAAACAGGCAAAGGAUCAGACUUUUCAUGUUGGCUCUUCCAAGAGAAAGCAUGAGGGCCAGGCAUCUUCCUCAAAGGCCCCAAAGAAGCAAUUCAUCCACAAUGAUACUCAGGUUGCUCCUAAGGGCAAGGGCCAGGCUGCCAACACCUCUGUUGGAGAUGUGAAGAAUACUUGCCAUUUUUGCAAGGAGGUAGGGCAUUUCCGGAAGAAUUGCCCUGGAUUUCUCAAGUGGAUGAUGAAGAGAGGGAUUAAGUUUGAUCCGCACCAUAAAGGCAAGAACAAGAAGCAUUAAAGUCGCCAAUGGGAAGGAAGCCGAUGUUGAAGCCGUGGGGACUCUCACAUUGGAGCUGCACACCGGCUUUCAUCUACAUUUGAAUAAUGUUCUUUACGUACCUACAUUGAGUAGGAAUUUAAUUUUAGUUUCUUGCUUAGACGAUAUUUCUAUUGCAUGUUUGUUUGGAAAUCAACGAUGCGUUAUCAAACAUUUAUAA